AGAGAAAGAGAGCGGAAAAGCUCUUAUUUAUCCCCCGAUAUGGACGUACUCUACAUGCAUAUAUGUGACGGAUCUCCCGAGAGACAAUUGCCUGCCGACGAGAGACGUCUCGACUGCGCGUGCGCGUCGAUAUUGCGAUAUUAACGUUACUCUUUUCGUUAUUAUUCCGCUGAUAUUUCAAACGUAAUUCAAUUUUCGUUUCUUUCAUUCAAAACAAAUUUCUUUUCUACGAACUAUUCAUUUGUUCUUCCUUCGUUUAUAUAUUCACUAUUUUUCUCUAUCUAUAUUUUUUUUUUCCCAAUUACUUAGCUUGAAAAUGUAUCGAUGUUCUGCGAACUUAUUUUGCAAAUGUCAAAAGAUGAAUGUUGAUGAUCAUCAAGUGAGAGAGUGUUCGCGAUUAUACGAAGUUUGAUCACAGUUUAUCAUCUUAAUUUAACUAUUAUAAACAAGAGUUCUAAGUGAGCAUAACGUUUCCGCGACGUUAUACACACCCAUAUAGUAAUGGUGUAUCACAAUGAUGUAAUGUUGUUCACGUUUUUAACGAAUUCGUAUGAAUUUAAAGUAAAUCUAGUGAGAUCGAAUACACGUGAGAUUACUGAUCUUUUCGAAAGUUGAAAUUACUCUGCAACGAAACGACGAUGAUUGUUACUUUUAUUGACAAAUUUACAUACCUUCUACAUCGUUUAUAAACUUAUGUGGACCUGUGAUUUGUGUGAUUGAAAAUAGAGCUUCGAAUAUUGAAGAAUGCCACCAAAAAAGAACGCCGGCGGUAAAGCUGGUAAAUCCAAAAAUUCGGAAGAAAGUGGAAAAGGAGAAAAAGCAGAAAAAAAAGGUGGAUCUACUGUAAAAGUUAGGCACAUAUUAUGUGAAAAGCAAUCUAAGAUAUUGGAAGCUAUGGAAAAACUAAAGGCUGGACAAAAGUUUAAUGAAGUAGCAGCAACAUAUAGCGAAGACAAAGCACGAUCUGGGGGGGAUCUUGGAUGGAUGACGCGUGGUUCUAUGGUUGGACCUUUUCAAGAAGCAGCUUUUGCACUGCCCAUUUCUAAUUUAAGUUCUCCAAUUUAUACGGAUCCUCCAGUUAAAACGAAGUUUGGUUAUCAUAUAAUAAUGGUAGAAGGUAAAAAAUAAUCUUAUAGUAGUAAGAUUUCAUUUGUAUUCGUUUGAUUGUUAAAUUACAAGAUUAUUAAAAGUUUUUUACGUGGUA